AUGAUAGGUGGAGUCGGAUCCGCUCGCGGGUCGCACUUCAUCGAUCGGGAGAAUCACGAUGACGCAAGGAUCUACCGCAACCCGAACCACCGAACGCCGGUCCCCGUGGAUGGACGACGAAUUGGAGGCCGUGCCGACCUGGCAAGGAACUUCUUCGCCAAACACGUCACACCGCAUCAGAAACGCUUCGCGUCCCAGGGUUUUCCCGACAAAUCCGCAUAUCGGGAACUCGGGACGCUCGGGCUCGCCGGCAUGUCGAUCCCCACCCAGUACGGCGGCGGAGGAGGAACGUUUGCGCACGACGCCGUGCUGUUCCACGAGCAGGUCAUGGCGGGUGAUCAUUCACUCCAACUCGGCGUGCACUCGGGAAUCGUGCCGCACUACCUCAAUGCCUACGCCGAUCACGAGCACAAACUGCGCUGGCUACCGAAGCUGGUGAGUGGCGAGUGGGUGGGCGCAAUCGCCAUGACCGAGCCCGGCACCGGAUCCGACUUGCAGAACAUCACCACCCGCGCCGUCCGCGACGGUGACGACUAUCUGAUCAGCGGCGCAAAGACAUUCAUCUCGAACGGUCGCAAUUGUGAUCUGGUGAUCAUUGCCGCCAAGACCGAUCCCAGCCUCGGAGCGCGUGGAGUGUCGCUCAUCGUGGCCGAGGUCGAUGACAACACACCGGGUUUCGAGCGCGGGCGAAUACUCGAGAAGGUCGGACAGAAGGGCCAGGACACCACCGAGCUGUUCUUCGACCGCUUGCGGGUGCCUGCAACAAACCUGCUCGGGGACCGCGAAGGCAAAGGGUUUGCCCAGCUGAUGCAGCAGCUACUGCCCGAACGAUUGAUCUGUGGGGUUGCAGCCACUGCGGCAAUGGAGCGUGCCGUCGCCCUCACCGUCGAGUACACCAAAUCCCGAAACAUGUUCGGGCAAACGCUCUUCGAUCUGCAGAACACCCGCUUCGAACUUGCCGAGUGUGCGUCCAUCGCUCGUAUCUCACGAACGUUCAUCGACGACUGCAUCGUCAAAUACCUUGCCGGGCAGCUCGAUGCGACUACCGCCGCGAUGGCCAAGUACUGGCUCACCGAUCAGCAGUGCGCCAUGUACGCCGACGCUCGUAUUCAGCGAAUCUACGCCGGAUCGAACGAAGUCAUGAAGGACCUCGUGGCGAGAUCACUC